AUGGAUUACUUCAACAACGUCCCCAAUCAAAGCAAGCCACCAGAAGAACGACAGCCCUCAUCCCCACCAUCCGGUACCUCACCAUACAAUAAUGUCUCCAGCUCUACUUCUCCGCCCGCAGCUCCCACCUCAAGCAUGGGACCCUCAAGCUCCCCAGCUCCCCGCAUCAGAAGGCGCAACCGCAUGAUAACAAGUUGCCUAGAAUGCCGUCGUCGCAAACUUAAAUGCAAUAAAUCGCAUCCGUGCACCAACUGUGUGAAGUUCAACCGAGACUGUAUGUUUCUGGCCCCGGCUCUGGAUCAAGCCAGCCAGCUCAAACUCACGGAGAUUAAAGAGAAAGUCGGGUCUCUAGAGCGAUUGCUCGAGCGCGAUGUGGCGAAGAAUGCUCAGGCCCAGGCUCAGACUCAUGAUAGAGCGUUGCCGGAUGAUGCUGAUGAUGAUCUGCCGGCGAAUGAAGAUGAAAAGGAUUUGGAACCUACGCCAUUGGCAGUUCCGGAUGCUGCGUAUGGCGAGGAUGGGGAUGAUGAUGAGUUGCUGGAUCUGGGGAUCCAGAUGGGGAGGAUGAGAAUUACGGAGCGGAUUGGGGGGUUCUUUAGGCCGAAAAUUGCUGAAGAGACUUUGGAGGAAGAGAACAUGGCUAGUCCCAUGUUGCCCUCGAUGUUCAAUCGGGAUCGUCCCAAGAACAAGGCUAACCCAUAUUCCAAGCUUCAAUAUACCGUUGAUAAGUCAAUCGCAUCUAGGAACAACGAGCAAGACACUGGGGAUCCAGCCCCUCCUUUUAUCGCAAACCCAUUACCACCUGCUUCUGAAUGGUUGAAGCCAGGCCCUUCUUACAUUAUGCCCUCAUCUGGGUUCUUUUUUGGGAAUACAAGCCAUCAGGCUUCACUUAUCGACUUCCUACCGUCGCGGCUGGCAGCAGAUAGACUUAUCAAGCAAUACUUCACUUGCGUGCAUACCAUUGCACAGAUUGUACAUAGGCCAACUUUCGAGAGAGAAUACGGUACCUUCUGGGAUGAGGUUUCACUGGGAAUCGAACCUCAGACCUCUGUACAAGCUAUCAUCUUCGCCGCUAUGUUUUCGGGAGUCGUAAGUAUGGAUGAGUCUGUAAUACUUAGGGAUUUCGGUGUCUCAAAAGCUUCAUUGAUCGACAACUUCAAACUCGGUACAGAAACUGCUCUUGCACGGGCCAACUUUCUUAGAACUACAAAGAUCGAAACUCUUCAAGCGUUCGUGAUGUAUCUUAUUCCUCUUUGUAGAGCAGAGUUAUCCAGAGCCCAUUCUGUACUUCUAGGAGCUGCAAUAAGGAUGGCAGAGUGUAUGGGACUUCACCGAGACGGAUCGACUUAUGGGAUGAAUCCUUUAGAAACACAUGUUCGACGACUUAUUUGGCAUCAGCUUUGCUUUUUAGACAUUAGAACAUGCGAAGCACAAGGACCGCGGCCAACAAUACGAAGAGAUGAAUACGAUACUAAACUUCCCCUAAAUGUUGACGAUGCUGAUCUUCAUGCAACUGGCCUACCUCCAGCACCUGCAGAUCGAUGGACAGACGUCACUUUUUCUAAGAUGCGUUUUGAGAUAUAUGAAAUGACAAGAACUAUUUGGGUGGACAGACCGAGGAUAGAGCGCCGUAAAAUAAGUCUCACUGCGGUGCUUAGCAAGAUCGAGACAUUCAAAAGCAACAUGGCUGCCAAAUACGACCACAUGAUGGAUGACAGGAUACCAGUGCAGAAGUGCGCAAAGCACAUUAAGGCCUCGCUUCUAUCCCGACUAUAUAUCAUGGUCCUCCAUCGAUACCACAACUCAGUUGUCUCGCCCAUGCCCGAUCGACUCCGGAACAUCAUGCUUAUGACCGGAACGACACAUCUCGAAGUAUCCAUAGCAUUAGAAACGCUACCUGAGCUUAGAAACUGGAAAUGGUAUCUAGGCGCUAUGCAACAGUACCACGCGGCUUUCCUACUUCUCAUGGAGGUCUACGCAUACCCGAAACGCAAAGAAGCCGAUCGGAUAUGGGCGUGUCUGGACUACAUCUUCGAAUGCGACCCCAACGAGAAUCGCCACACAAAAGGCCUUCGAGUCCUCUCGGAACUGCAGCAAAAGACAGCUAUCUACCAAAGUAUGCGAGGCAUGCGAGCGCCCGUGCAAAUGAACAAGCAUUUGGGGAUGCGAUCGCGCGUGCAAAGCGAUUCGCCGCAAACUGCGGAAAAGGGGUUAGUAUACGGCGUAUCCCGGAGUGCCAGUGAAGAGAGCGAGGCAGCUCAGAGAAUACAACAAGUGCCCGUUUCUGGUGGGGGAUCUAUAUCUAUUGGCAGGGCGCCGGUGCCGGAUGUGGUGUUUGCGGGCGUGUCGAAUGGAGAGUCGUUGUGGGCGCUUCCGACGCAGAGGAGUCCGGAGGGUAGUGAUACGCUGAGCAAUCCGGGACAGGAACCUAUUACGCCGCUGAUGACCGACGCGGGGACCGAUGAUUUGAUGGCCGAUAUUGAUUGGGGUGAGUACUAUGCUUGGGACUAG